AUGAAGAAAGGAUCGGCCGAAGGUUCGCCGAAAGUGAGCAAAAAAGUGGCAGCAGUGGCUGCGGCGGCCACAUUGGCCGAAAAUGUUGACCUGUGGGCGCGCCAGGACUGGAUCAAGGAUAUUUUGUCUAAAUCGGGCACGGAAAUUAAGGAAGUUCCGGCGGAAGAUCUGUGUAAGAUGGUGUACUAUUCCGGGCUUCCGCUGCUAAUGACCCAGCAGCAGCAGCAGCAGCAGCAACAAAUCGCUGUCCACGAUGGAGGAGGUCCUGUGCAGCUCGGCUACGGUGAAUCGACUGGCCCACCGACUGGAGACCAGCUGUACCGGUCGAGCGCCAGCUCAUCGCCCACCAUCGGCUAUCAGCAGCAUGCGAUCAGCCUUAGCAACGGGCUGACGAUCAGCAACGGUGCGCCGCCGCCGCCGGUUUCCGGCCCCAGCAGCCAGGUGACGAUCGUGCUCAGUCCACAUUCGUCGUCAUCAUCGUCGACUCAGCAACCAAAUAUCACCAACCUCACGGCCGUUCCGGGCGGUGGGAGCUACACCCUCGACGGUCCUUAUGGGUCCGGCGGCAGUGGGGGCUAUCCCGCACCGACACCAGCGACCACUCACUCCAAGUUCCGCUGCGAACAGUGCAACAUCAACUUUGGCAGCAAAAGCGCCCACACGAGCCACAUGAAAUCUCACGCCAAGCAGGCGGCCGAGAAGGCGGCCACCAUUAAGCAGCUGGACGGUCCGGUGGUGGGUCAAUUAUCCCCAGCGGGAAGCGGCCAGCUUCAGCAGCAGCAGCAGGAUCCGUACCAGUGCGAUGUGUGCAAGAAGACGUUCGCGGUGCCGGCCCGGCUCGUGCGCCACUACCGCACGCACACCGGCGAGCGGCCGUUCGAGUGCGAGUUCUGCCACAAGAUGUUCAGCGUGAAGGAGAACCUGCAGGUGCACCGGCGGAUCCACACCAAGGAGCGACCGUACAAGUGUGAGAUCUGUGGCCGCGCCUUCGAGCACAGCGGCAAGCUGCACCGGCAUAUGCGCAUCCACACGGGCGAACGGCCCCACAAGUGCAACGUGUGCGGCAAAACCUUCAUCCAGUCCGGCCAGCUCGUCAUCCACAUGCGCACCCACACCGGUGAAAAACCGUACAAGUGUCCGGUGGAGGGCUGCGGCAAGGGGUUCACCUGCAGCAAGCAGCUGAAGGUGCACUCGCGGACGCACACCGGCGAGAAGCCGUACCACUGUGAUAUCUGCUUCCGGGACUUUGGCUACAACCACGUGCUGAAGCUGCACCGCGUGCAGCACUACGGAGCCAAGUGCUACAAGUGCACGAUCUGCGACGAAACGUUCAAGAGCAAGAAGGAGAUGGAGGCCCACAUUAAGGGCCACGCGAACGAGCUGCCGGACGACGACGAGACCGAGGUGAAAGCGGAAGAGUCGUCUGCCUCGAGCGAGGUGACGGCAGCGGCGGCGGGAGCAGUAGGCCCCACCGGGGUGGUCGUCGGUGCCGGAAGCAAUAGCAGCGUCAGCGGCGGCAGCAGCAGCCGGAGCAGCAAUUUCGAGUACUCGUCCAGUGCAGAGGAACCGGAAAGCAACGGUUCGGGCGAUGAACCGGGCCGGCGUCCGGUGGAAGUGCAGCACGAAGAGGAAGACGAGGACGAAGAGGACGAUGAUGAGGAGGACGAGGAGGAACAGCGGGAGAGUAAAUAUUCCGAUCGUAUCCUGCGCUCCAGCGUCCCAUCAGCGACCCAACAGACUUAUGGAGCAUCGUUGGGUGGUGGUGUUGAUCCUGCCCUGCUGGCUGCCGCCUCGAUAGCCGCCGCGGUCGAGGAGGUGAAGCUGCAGCGAGCGCUGUCACCGCCGGUCCAGCGAUCGACCUCGUUGUCGAUCACGAGGAUCACUCCACCACCGUCUUCGUCGAUGCAGGAUCCGGCCACGACAACGGUCGCCUCGACCAGCACAAGCAGCAGCGGACCGUUCCCCUACGAACCGAUGGCCAUCAUGAAGCAUCACGGGUACUUUGCACCCGCUUCCCAGGUCACCGACUUCCGGUCAUCGAGCGAUAUUGUGCGGCAGGUGGAGGCCGCCAUCGCCGGCACGGAGAACCUGCUGACGCCGCCCCGCUCCUCACCGGAAUCUCCCGACCGCUCGUCGUCGCCCGAAUCCGAUUCAGUAUUAAUGGCCGACCGGGACAACAACACGCUUCCGCCACGCAAGCGGAAGCUCUACUUUAAGGACAGCCAGGUUGCGGCCAUUCGGAUGAGCUCCGUCAUCCAGUACGCCAACAAGUCAUCGUAGAGUCUCGAGCGACGAACCCGGUGAUGAUCCCUUAUUUAUGUGUAUUUUCCGGAGGGUAGUCAGACCUCAAUCAUCAAGCCACAGUACUCGCGUCACGUCACACACCCUCACCGGAAACAACCGGAAAGAAAACGGAACCGAAACAAAAAACAACAAGACUGCCUCACUCGACGGGCUAGGCUAAUCAGUAGCAGUCCCCCCAUAAAAAAAAAACACUGACGAGCCGCUGCCGCUUGGCGAUGAUAAUUUAUAUGCAAAAAAUUGCAACAUUUACUGUCGUAAUUAUUUCUUCUGAGUAAUAUUAUUAGUAUCAUUAGCCGCACAUUAAUCAUCCGUUCGUUCCGACGUCAGCACGACGAAGCUGAGCUCCUCUCGCGAUCCGACAGCGCACUCUCAGCGCCACUGCGCUGCUCUACGCAUUACGAAGUCUGGGGUCAGAGAAGGAGAGAGGGAGAGAGAGGAAGUGUGCGGUGCGUGAUAGCGGCGUGGACCUUUCCGCGUUCCGCCACGCGACGAGACAGAGAAGAGAUCGAGUUGAGCGGAGGAAUCGUUUAAGACUGUUGAUCAUUGUCAAAUGUUUUUUGCUAAACAAAAGCGAAUACUUAUGGAGUGUGGCUAAGAGACGCGGUGGUGUGUGUUGUGUAAUAUGAGAGGUCGGCUCGGCGCUCGGAGCAGCUCGGAGAGGAUUAGGUAAAAUUUACAUUACUAAAGAUAUGAUAUACAAAACGUGCGCAGCAGCAGCGCAAGGCCCCCAGGAAGACACGUGGCUGGCUGGGUGGCUUGUGCUUUUGUUGUGUAUCCGCUUUAAACGGUGGCCAUUUCUGAGCAAAGGACGAAAAGACUAGUAUAGCGCUGUACAGCUUA